AUGCUGGUGCAGGUGGUGCGCGAGUCGGCGAUGCUGGCCUCGGACGCGCUCGCGCUGAAGCGGCUGCGCGGGCCUGGCGCCUGGGCAUGGCCUGUGCACUGGAAGGGGCUGGGGCAGGCCGACGCCGAGGCCGCCGAUGGCGCUGGCCGCCUGGCGCCUGCGCUGCCGCGAGCGCUCGUGGCGGUCCUCGGCGGCCCCCACUGGCCGCAGGAGCGCCUCUGGAAGGAGGGCAAGGCGCGCGACGGCCUCUGCCGCCUCUGCGGUGGCCGAGGCACGCUGUGGCACAGGGCCUUCGAGUGCGACGCCUGGCUGCCUCUGCGGCGGGACGCGUGCUCGCCUGAGCUGCUGGAGGGGGCGCGGCUGGUGGCGCAGCGCGGGGGCGCCGCGGCGGAGCUCUUCGCGCGUGCGCUGUGCCCCGGCCCCGCCCUUGCCUUCCCCGCGGCGGCCGACGCCGCGCUCGCGGCCCCGCGCUGGUUCGGCGUGCCGCCUGGCUCGAAGUUCGCGGGCAAGGUCUUCGUGGGCGGCAGCGCCAGGUUUCCUGCGCUGCGCGGGGCCCGCCGCGCAGGCUGGGCGGUGGUGCAGAUCGGCCUCGGCGGGGAGGUCAUCGGCGGGAUGCACGGCAUCGUCCCGCGGGCGUACGGGCCCGAGCAGGAGGCCAGGGACGGCGAGGACUACGCGUUCCACAUGCUGGCCCAGUUCUGGCUGCCGUCGGCCGACGGCUCGGGCCUCGAGGUCUUCUGCGACUGCGCGGGCACGGUCGGCUUGGCGCUCUCGCAGGGCAAGGCCCUCGCGCCGCUGCAGGCGCGCCGCCACCUGUGGCAGGGGUGGUGGGCGGGGCCGGGCCCGUCGGCCACGGUGCGCAAGGUCAAGGCGCACAAGGUGCUCGCUGCAGCGGCCUCCUGGGAGGAUGAGCUCCUGAUCAGGGGCAACAGGGCAGCUGACCUGUGGGCCAAGAGAGGCGCCGCCUUGUGGCCGAUCGACGAGGAGCGGGUCUGGUUCCUCCAGGCAUGCGCCUGGCGCGUGGAGGAGCUCGGGCGCUGGGUCGGCAAGCUGGCCGCCACCAUGGUGGACCGCGAGCAGCUGGACUCGGACGGGGUGGUGGGCACGGCCGACCUCGUCUACGACAUCCCGCAGGCGGCGCUGGACGCGGCGGAGCUGGCCGACGCGGGGGUGGCGGCGCUGGCGCUCGAGGCCGACCUCGAGCUCGGCCAGGCGCCUGGCGCUGCUGCUGGGGCCGCUGCUGGCGUGGAGCUCGGCCAGGCGCCCGCCGCUGCCGCUGGGGCCGCUGCCGACGAGCUUGCGGAUGCAGCUGUGGCCGCUCCCGAGCUGAAGGCUGCGGUAGCUGGAGCUGGAGUGGCGCGGGUGGUGCGCGGGCACUGCAUCGUCGUCUCGCGCCUCGAGAACGGCGAUGGGGCCAUGGCCUGGUGCCUGAAGUGCGGCUGCUGCUUCUGGAAGCGGUCCCCUCCAGCUGGGACAGGCCUGCUGGGCAGCUGCAAGGGGCGGCCUGCCCCAGGCGAGAGGGCGGCGGAGGCGCGGCGGCUCCUGAUGCGCCUCCAGGAGCCGAAGAGCAGGGCUUGGCUCUUGGCUCCUCAGCCGCCCACGGAGGAGGAGCAGGCGCGGCUCGCGGCGGUGCUCCACGGCGACGCAGGCGCUGAGGACGGCGCUGGAGCUCCCGCUGGAGCAGGGCGGCCGCCGCGCUGGGGGCUGCGGCCCGCCACGGCUGACGCCUGGCAGGCGGCCGAGCUCCACGGCUUCGCCUCGCCCGCCGCCGCUGCUCGCUGGGCGCGGGCGCGCGUGGCGGCGGGCAGGGAGUCGCCCUUCGGCGACGGCGACGGCGCGGCCUGA